AUGUUUAAUGAUUCAUCUCCACAAGGUUGGUAUAAGAACUUACCUCCUAUUACGAGAAGCAUCCUAACAAUAACAUUUUUUUCAACUUUGCUAAUAACUUUUGGGAUGCUGAAUCCAUGGUAUAUUAUUUUUGACUGGGAAUAUAUUUUUCGUAAGGCUCAGAUCUGGAGAUUUAUUACAAGCUUCUUUUUUGUGGGACCAUUCAGCUUAGGAUGGGUUAUGAGCCAAUGGAUGUUUACAUCAUUUUCAUCAAAAUUGGAGAAGAGUGGUUCAGUUGGCUCCACUUCAGGGUCUUAUCUAUACUUUAUAUUGAUUUUAAUGACGGCUAUUAAUGUAAUAGGUACUGCUUUUGAGUACCCCACAGGAAGAAGAAUUGGAGGUUCAUCUUUGAUUUUCAGUAUUAUUUAUUAUUGGAGUAAAAAGUUCCCAACUUCUCCAGUAAGUAUUUGGGGGUUUACACUACAAGCUUAUCAACUGCCUUAUGCACUAUUGUUUUUGGAUGUUUUGACAGGUAACUCGUUGAUAGACGACUUGAUUGGGCUAUUGGCUGGGCACUCUUACUACUACUUGAGAGAUAUUAUAUUUGAGAACAGCACAAACAACUUCCUUACAAGAACUCCAAAGCAAGUUGACAGCUUUGUUGACUAUUCUUCUUUUUUGAUUAAGAAAUACAUUUAUGACUUUUCAGCUUUAAAUGGUCAUCCCAACGUAAUUAAUUACCCUAAUCCAAACGCCAACAGAAGUGAAUCCUUCUUCAAUCCAUUAACUGGAAAUUCUUCUCAGCCCAGAGCCUUUUCUGGAAGAGGAUUUAGGCUGGGUUCGGACUAA